GGCCAACUUUUCCAAUAUGGAUGAAGAUGAUAUUGAGUUGGAACCAGAAAGAAAUUCAAGAAAUUGGGAAGAAAUCAUUCCAGAGGUCCAGAGGCGAAGAAUAGAAGAGGAGGAAAGGCAAAAAGAACUUGAAGAAAUAUACAUGCUCCCAAGGAUGAGAAACUGUGCAAAACAGAUAAGCUUUAAUGGAAGUGAAGGGAGGCGCAGUAGGAGCAGAAGAUACUCUGGAUCUGAUAGCGACUCCAUCUCGGAAAGAAAAAGGCCAAAAAAACGUGGAAGACCACGAACUAUUCCUCGAGAAAAUAUUAAAGGAUUUAGCGAUGCAGAGAUCAGGCGGUUUAUCAAGAGUUACAAGAAAUUUGGUGGUCCUCUUGAAAGGUUAGAUGCUGUAGCUAGAGAUGCUGAGCUGGUUGACAAAUCAGAGACAGAUCUCAGACGAUUGGGAGAGCUUGUACAUAAUGGAUGCAUUAAAGCCUUAAAGGACAAUUCAUCUGGACAAGAAAGAGCAGGAGGUAGACUUGGGAAAGUUAAAGGCCCAACAUUCAGAAUCUCAGGAGUGCAGGUGAAUGCAAAGCUAGUUAUUUCUCAUGAAGAAGAGUUGGCACCAUUGCACAAAUCCAUUCCUUCAGAUCCAGAAGAAAGAAAAAGAUAUGUCAUCCCAUGCCACACUAAGGCUGCUCAUUUUGAUAUAGAUUGGGGUAAGGAAGAUGAUUCAAAUCUGUUAAUAGGCAUCUAUGAAUAUGGUUAUGGCAGCUGGGAAAUGAUAAAAAUGGAUCCUGAUCUCAGUUUGACACAGAAGAUUUUGCCUGAUGAUCCAGAUAAGAAACCCCAGGCAAAGCAGUUACAAACCCGUGCAGACUACCUCAUUAAAUUACUGAAUAAAGACCUUGCAAGGAAGGAAGCACAAAGGCUUGCUGGUGCAGGCAAUUCAAAGAGGAGGAAAGCAAGAACUAAGAAGAAUAAGGUGCUAAAGGCUGCAAAAAUAAAAGAAGAAAUAAAAAGUGAUUCUUCACCCCAACCCUCAGAAAAAUCAGAUGAAGAUGAUGAUGAUAACAAGGUAAAUGAAGUCAAAUCUGAAAAUAAAGAAAAGACUAAAAAAAUUCCAUUGCCGGAUACUCCAGUUCACAUUACUGCAAGUAGUGAACCAGUUCCUAUAUCAGAAGAAUCUGAAGAACUGGAUCAGAAAACUUUUAGUGUUUGCAAAGAAAGAAUGAGGCCUGUCAAAGCAGCAUUGAAACAGCUGGAUCGACCAGAGAAGGGCCUUUCUGAAAGAGAGCAGCUGGAACAUACUAGACAGUGUCUUAUCAAAAUUGGGGAUCACAUUACUGAAUGUCUAAAGGAGUAUGCAAAUCCUGAACAAAUUAAACAGUGGAGAAAAAAUUUGUGGAUUUUCGUCUCUAAGUUUACAGAAUUUGAUGCCAGAAAGCUGCACAAACUGUAUAAACAUGCAAUCAAAAAACGCCAGGAGUCUCAGCAACACAAUGACCAGAAUAUUGGCAGCAAUGUGAAUACACAUGUAAUUAGAAAUCCAGAUGUGGAAAGACUGAAGGAGAAUACAAACCACGAUGAUAGUAGCAGGGACAGUUACUCUUCUGAUAGACAUUUGUCACAAUACUACGAUCAUCCUAAAGACAGGCACCAGGGAGAUGCUUACAAGAAAAGUGACUCUAGGAAAAGGCCCUAUUCAGCCUUCAGCAACGGAAAAGAUCAUAGAGACUGGGAUCACUACAAACAAGACAGCAGAUACUACAGUGAUAGUAAACAUAGGAAGUUAGAUGACUACAGAAGCAGAGACCACAGGUCGAGCCUGGAAGGAAGUUUGAAAGACAGCCGUGUUCAUUCGGAUCACCGUUCCCAUUCAGAUCACAGGAUACAUUCAGAUCACCGUUCCACUUCUGAGUACAGCCAUCAUAAAUCUACUAGAGAUUAUAGGUACCACUCA